AUGCGCGAGGAACUUUUAAAAUUAGCUGAUAUAACGGAAAGAACAAGAGGUACAGAUGUUUGUGAUAUUGUCGUCAAUGAAUUAAAAAAGCUUAACAUCAAUUUAAAAAAAAUUAUCUCUGUCACGACAGAUGGAGCACCCAAUAUGACUGGAGCACAAAUAGGUUUUGUUAAGUUAUUUGAAAAGCAUGUUGAACAUCCAAUAAUUGGAUUUCACUGCAUUAUACAUCAGAAAAUGUUGUGUUCCAAAAUUGGUACUAAUUUAUUUGAUAUGCAAGAUUUUGACAAUAACCUUCUUAAUUGGAUGGAAUUAGAAAAUUUAGAAAUUUAG